GAGCUCUCUGCCCCCCUCUUUGCAUUAUUUGCCCCUUUUUGGGGUAUUUGCCCCCGUCCCUUCUCUGGGGCACUUGAAUCGGGGAAAUAAAGGCCGAAUGUUGGGACCCGCUGCCUCCCCCCGGCUGUUUCCUGGGGGGGCCCAGUGGAAACCAGUAACGGACUGGGAGGACUGGGGAGGGGGCGGGGGAGGGCUGCGCCUGGGUCCCUCCCCCCACCCAGCCCCAUUUUUGCCUCCAAACCACCAAACAUCCCAUUUCUGCCCUAAAAAUCAGCAUUUUGGGGGACGAUGACAAAGCCCACCGCCCCCCGGGACCCGCAGCCACCGCCCCCAUUUUGAGGCAAAAAAAUCCCAAAAGCACCAUUUCCUCACCAAAAUAUAUCCUUUUCUUUUGGGGGGAAUCUCCAACUUUCCCGUUUGGGUGGAUUUUGGGUCAGUUGGUUGAUUUUUUUCUGUAGAUUUUUUACUCUUAAUUUGCUGGAAUUUGAAGGUUUGAAGCAGAAAACGGAGAUGAUUUGGUAAAAAAAAAAAAAAAAAAAAGAUAUUUUUGUGUUUUAAGCACAGGGAAAAAUGGAGAUUAGUGCUUUUUUCCCCUGAAAAUCCCAAUUUUGGAGGCAUUUUUGGUUUUUAGGUGCUUUUGGGGUGAAAAAAAGCAUCUUGACCGUGGGCUCUUAGUGCCACUCCAGGUGAUUUUUGGGUGUCGAUAAUGCGUUUUUCCUGAUUGAAAAAAAAUCAAAAUGCUGAAUUUCUGCCAGAAGCAGAAAAAAUCCCAAUUUUUCAAAAAUUCUCCUCCUUCCCCUUUUAUUUUUUAGUGGGUUUAUUUUCAUUUAUUUGCAGUUCUUUCCCCAUUUAGACUUUGACCUUUCCCAGGGCGGGCGCAUCCCCGGAGCCACGCUGGAAAACACCGCUCUGCUCCAGAAUUGACCCAAAACCGACUGAAAACACCCCCAAAAAAGCAAGGGAUUUCUGUCAAAGCGGGAGGCGAGUGUCCGGAGGGGGCCGUUGGGAUGGCGACAGUCAAGCUCUUCCUCUUCCUCACCACCGCCCUCCUCUUCCUCGGGGGAGGAAGUAGCGGAGCUGCCGGAAUGUCAGCGGUGGGAAGGAGACCUCCCCCCCCAGGGCGGGCGCAUCCCCGGAGCCACGCUGGAAAACACCGCUCUGCUCCAGAAUUGACCCAAAACCGACUGAAAACACCCCCAAAAAAGCAAGGGAUUUCUGUCAAAGCGGGAGGCGAGUGUCCGGAGGGGGCCGUUGGGAUGGCGACAGUCAAGCUCUUCCUCUUCCUCACCACCGCCCUCCUCUUCCUCGGGGGAGGAAGUAGCGGAGCUGCCGGAAUGUCAGCGGUGGGAAGGAGACCUCCCCCCCCAGCCACCAAGUGGGGCUUUCUCCGGAGGAAGCGGGAGCAGGAGCCACCUUCCUACCUGAAGUGGGUGGCUUUCCAUGGCCACCUGCCUGCCGAUGCCGUCUCCAACUGGAACGACUACGCCAAAAGGUUGGAGUACGUCUGCUCCACGACAAAGAUGGGUUGCAACACAGGUGCCUACGUCCCCGCCCGAGGUCCCUUCUGCUUCUUCCCCUUUCGAGAACAGGAGAUGAGCACCAACGACUUCAAGGUGUUGGUCAACGUGGGAGACCUGGAGGCGCUGGAUUGGGUGGAUGAUUCCUUCGGCAGCGUGCCCGAAAACGCUGUGGAGGGUUGUCCCUACACUGAUGUCUUUGUUGGGAGGAACCGCUAUGGCUUGGGAAAGGUCGUCAAAAUGCACAGGAACCUCUUCGUGGUGGUGGACCAGGAGGAGGUUUGGUACAAGUGGUACCAAGUCUUGGUGGUCAAGAAGGGCCCGGCCAAUGUCACCAUCUCCAAUGUCCGCUACAACGUGAGUGGGGCAGUGGAGCACAGGAAGGACGUCACCCUGAUGAAGACCACGGUGAGGAAUGAAGGCUGCCAAGGGGUGUGGAAAACCGUCACCUUGGAGGAGGCCACUGAGACGGAGUACGACUGGGAGAUGGACCAGAGGGUCUUCGCCACCGUCUACGGAGUCUUGGAAGCCCCUCUCUUGGUCUUCAAUGAAACGGGAUGGGAGGUCACCAACGUCACCAGCAUCCCCUGGGUUGGUGGGGCCAGCAUAGGGAAGUACGUUGACCAUACCCAUGUGGUGGAGAAAGAGGUCCAGGCCCAGAGGGCGUGCAUGGUCGCCCUGGAGGGACGCCGUUUGGAUGUCCACAUCCCCUUCACCGCGCAGCUCACCCGGGAUUUUGGUGACGCUCAUCCCCACCACGUGGCCGUGACGGGGUGGGCUCGCAGCCGGGCGGUGGUGGGGGUCCGGCCCACCGUCAAGGAGUGCUGGCCCCUCACCAACGUCCCACCAUGCCGGGGGUAGGGGACGAUGAGGUGGAUCCACUGAUCUGCUUCCUGCAAUCUGCUUUUUCUCCUUUUUUUCCCCCUAAAUAACUACCAUCUCACCCCAAAAUUGGAAGGGCAGCAACUCGGAAUGCAGCAAAUGCAUAUUUUUUGGUUUUUACCUUCCAUAUUUUCAGUUUCCUUGGCAGAACCUUCACCCCUCUCCGAAACGACGCGGCAACAACGCGGGGGGCAGAAAAAUGUGGGGUUUUUUUCAGUCUUUUCUUCUUGUGUUUCAUGAAAUAAAUGCAGA